AUGGAAAGGAUUGAUUUAUCCACUAAUUCAAAGAAGAUUGAAGAGUCUUAUGAUAAGAUCGUAAGGGGGGACCCAUCCAUUUCCUAUAUGGUUUUAUCAGUAGACAAAAGCUCAACACUCGAAGUUAGUGAGACUGGAAAUGGGCCAUUGGAUGAAUUUGUAGAGAAUUUCACAGAUGGCCAAGUGCAAUUUGGACUUGCUAGGGUGACAGUUCCAGGAUCAGAUGUAUCUAAGCACUUACUAAUUGGCUGGUGUCCUGAUAAUGCACCUGCGAAGUCUAGGUUGUCUUUCGCAGCGAAUUUUGCGGAAGUAUCGAAGGUUCUAAGUGGAUAUCAUGUCCAGGUGACUGCUAGAGAUCAGGAUGAUUUGGAUGUUGAUGACUUGAUUCAUAGAAUUGGGGCUGCUGCUGGUGCUAGAUACUCUGUCCAAAGCUCAAGUGCUGCUAAACCUGUUGCUAGAACUAUUACACCAUCGAAACCUACAAUUACGAAGCUGGCUCCAAAAGCUCCUGCAAAGCCAUCUUUCAUACCAAAAUCUACUGGAAAUCCUAUUUCUCCCGUUCCUACGAAAUCUACCUCUGCUGCUCCCGUUCAAUCGAGAUUCGGAAGUCGUGGCGUCGAUGAUGAAGACGAGUGGGACGGAGAGAAAGAACUAAAGGAGCGUGAUUUUGAGAAGGAACCUUUGCAAGAUGUUCCUUCAUCUUAUAAGCCCACAAAAGUCAACAUCGCAGAGUUGAGAAAACAGAAGUCGGAUACCAUAUCCUCGCAACCAAAAGUCGCUCCCUCUUUAAACGAAACUAAACAAAAUGAAAAUGGGAACAAAUCCUUGAGCGACAGGAUUAAGACCUUCAAGUCUAACGAAGAAAGCUCCGAUGGUAGAUUGACUUCUUUACCGAAACCAAAGGUAAGUAAUUCCGUUGCUUCUCGUUUUAAACCACAAGCAGAUACUUCAGGUCCAUCUUUUGGAGCAAAGCCCUCAUUUGCCCCAAAACCGUUUGAUGCAACAGAAAAGUUGGCCGGUGGAUUAUCACGUAAUUUUGGUUCAGAAGGUGGAAAGACUCCUGCCCAAAUUUGGGCGGAAAAGAGAGGAAAGUACAAAUCAGUCUCCCCCGAAUCAGAGUCGCUGCCCACAGUUUCAGGAAACACUGAACUAGAAGAAAAGUUUGCCGAAAAAGCUUCCCUUGAGGAAAGUGUUCCUGAAAGUGUGCCAUCUACUAUCAAACCAUCAUCAUUUCCAACGCCACCUACAAGAAAUUAUCAAGCUUCAGAGCCUAAACUUGCCGAUAAAGAAAAGGCAGUUGUCGAAGAUGCUCCUGUGCUUUCUACCAGGUCGCUUCCUCCACUAAAUGCUGCUCAACCAGAACCCAAGAAGGAGCAUUUUGAAGCCCCGCCAAGCCUUCCUAACAGAGCUGUGGUUCCUCCUCCACAAGAUAAGAUUCCGGAAUCACAAGAGUCACAAGAAGACGAACAAGCAGAUGAAUUACCCUCAAAGGAUCAUAGUAGUAAAGAGGAUUUGGCCACUGCUAUUGCUGAAUAUGAUUAUACCAAAGAUGAAGAUAAUGAGGUUGAUUUUGAAGAGGGUGACGUAAUAAUUGAAAUAGAAUUCGUGGACGAGGACUGGUGGUCUGGUAAAAACUCAAAAACAGGAGAGAUUGGAUUGUUCCCUGCUUCUUAUGUUAAAUUGCAAGAACAGGAGCAGGCUGCCGCAGAGCCAUUACCAGAGACGAAAGCAUUACCAGAGACGAAAGCAGCCACUUCGAAACCUACGGCAACUGCAGAGUAUGACUACGAGAAGGACGAAGAUAAUGAAAUUGCUUUUACUGAAGGUGAUAUUAUUGAAGACAUUGAAUUUGUUGAUGAGGACUGGUGGUCUGGAAAGAACCCCAAAAGUGGGGAAAUUGGAUUAUUUCCAGCUAAUUAUGUUAAACUCAACAAUUAA